GCCACACCGACCUCACCCAAUCCAAUCACAAGUCCCGCUGGGUCUUGAAGAUAUGGCUCGGGAAUAAAUUAAAAUUUUCGCAGGCCUGACCGCCCCAGUUAUAGGUCCAAAGAUAGACGCCGGCGCUGGGUGGGAGCGGCGAAUCUUGGUAGCUGACCACGGAGGGGGCACGAGGGAAGAGAAAGGCCCGUCUGGUGUCGCGCUAGAUUUUGGGCGACUAGCGAGGUCAUGCCGGCCGCAAGAUCUGCUUCCGGGCCCGCGAGAUGGGGCCUCUUAUCUCUGCUGAUCCUCUCCGCGUUCUCCCACCCCGCCGCCGGCUUCGGAGCUGCGAAGAAGGCGUACAUGCGAGAGAAGGUCCGGAAAAUGUUUUAUCAUGCAUAUGAAAACUACAUGGCUCAUGCUUUUCCGCAUGAUGAACUAAAGCCUCUGACCAAAACUUUCACAGACUCCCUCAGUGAGCUUGGGAAUUUGAAGCUUGAAUACUUACCCCAAAAUUAUAAUGGAUCAGCCUUAUCACUUAUUGAAUCACUGUCAAGUCUUGUUGUCUUAGGUAACUUCACAGAAUUUCAAAGAGGAGUUCUUUGGCUUUCUGAUAACCUGACGUUUGACGUAGAUGCUCGGGUAAAUCUGUUUGAGUGCAACAUAAGAGUUCUUGGGGGGCUUAUUUCUGCACAUAUACUUGCAACUGAUACUAAAAGCAGGUUAGAUCAUGGAUUAUACAAGAAUCAAUUGCUCAAUCUUGCUGAAGACUUGGGACAACGCUUCCUACCUGCAUUUGAUAGUCCCACUGGCUUGCCAUAUGCAUGGAUUAAUCUGAAGAAUGGAGUAAUGGAAAAUGAGACAACUGAAACUAGCACAUCGGGUUGUGGUUCUCUUAUUCUUGAAAUGGGAGCAUUGUCACGAUUAACUGGUGACUCUAAAUAUGAAGCUGUGGCUCUUCGUGCUCUCCGCAAAUUAUGGAGCAUGAGAAGUUCUCUGAAUCUUUUAGGUACAACUCUUGAUGUUGUCACUGGGGAGUGGAUAGAAUGUUCAUCCGGCAUUGGCGCUGGAGUUGAUUCAUUCUACGAAUAUUUAAUCAAAGCCUACAUUCUUUUUGGAAGUGAUGAGUACUGGGACAUCUUUCAUUCAGCUUAUCUAGCUGUGCAGAAAUACUUCCGGCAUGGCCCAUGGUAUCAUGAAGCUGAUAUGAGAACCGGAAGAGCAACCUACUGGCAGCUCACAAGCCUUCAAGCUUUCUGGCCUGGUCUUCAGAUUCUUGUGGGAGAUAUUGCUGCCGCCAACUCAUCACAUCGUGAAUUUUUCCAUGUAUGGCAGAGGUUUGGUGUGCUACCUGAAAGGUAUCUUUUGGACCAUGACAUGUUGCAUCCUACGGAGAGAUAUUAUCCAUUGCGCCCUGAACUUGCCGAAUCUACAUUUUACCUUUAUCAAGCAACUAAAGAUCCUUGGUACAUGGAAGUGGGCGAAUCAAUCAUCAACUCUCUUAAUUCUUAUGCCAAAGUGGAUGGUGGUUUUGCAAGUAUCAGAGAUGUUAUGACCAUGCAACAAGAAGAUCAUCAGCAUAGCUUCUUCCUUUCUGAAACGUGUAAAUAUCUUUAUCUUCUAUUUGAUGAUUCAUUUUUGGCCGAUAAAAAUUAUGUAUUUACCACUGAGGGUCACCUUCUUCCUAUAAGAAGUUCUUGGCAUGAGAAACUGCCAGAGUCCUACAUAAGUAAUUGGACAUCAAUAAAGAAUGGAAAUCAAGGAACACAUGCAAGUGCAAUGUCUUUACAAGUUUGUCCGGCAAUGUUCAUUGGUGGAAAUAUCACUCCUUGGGUUGAGAGUGCCUGCCAUGUCCCUGAUUCACGUGUGGAUCACAGGUGUAUUACUGAUGAUGAUUGUGGUAUUGAUUCAACCACCUGUAGGCGAAGAACUUGCAGUAUGGCUGGAUAUUGUGGAUUAUGGUUGUUCAUAUUAUGAUUCCUCAGCAGCAAUCCUAGAUGUAAUAGUGAGCAUUCAUUUAUUAACAAAAAUAAUAAAGUAAAAAAAUAUUAUACAACUUGUGCAGGAGUAAUAUUCUGAGUUGUUGAUAGUUUCACCCGAAAUGCUGAUAGAGGUUUAUGAUAGGGUAUUUUCAUACUCAUGUUUCUGAUUAACUUUUAGAUGGAUCUGUUGCAUAUCAACUCGAUGUAAGAUCGUUCUUGUGUGCAAGUUGGUCAUAGUUAAUAAGGCAUCAUAAGGUUGAUUCGUUCCUCUA